UACAUUAGGAGCCGAUUGGGAGCCUCAGGAGCCGAGACAAAAAAAAAAGACAAACCAUUGCUAUACUGCAGCAACAUCAGCGUGUGACCAGCUGAUGUUUCCACAGGAAACAGUGACAGAGACGCGAUGGCCCUGAAGACGCUGCUGCUGCUGCUGCUGCUGGCUGCUCUGGAGGCCAGGCUGGCCACGCGCAGCCCUCCUGGACGGUCCAUGCCCGGGUCUCCACACAACAUCAGCCGGGACGACCGCGGCCUCCGGCAGGUGGUUCUGGACGCAGCCUGCGCCUACAACAACCGCUCCAACGACGCCUUCCUCUUCAGACCGUCGUGCGUCCGCAGGGCGCAGCGGCAGGUGGUGAAGGGGAUUCGUUACAUCGUGGACUUUGACAUUUCCAGAACCGUCUGUCGCAAACGGGAGAACAGAAGCUUGUCCGACUGUGACUUCCAGCCCGUCGGACGCCUGCAGCAGACGUUUCGGUGUCACACGGAGAUUUGGAAGGUUGCCUGGAGGAACAAGACUGUGACUCAGGUUUUCUCCUGCAAACCAUGAGAGCAGAUCCAUUCACCUGAAGACCAGAACUGCCCACGCAACGGAACAUCUAGUUCUGAGGUUUACGCCUCGCUUGAAUUCCAUUUAUUUUCUGCUUAUUUACACUUGAAAUAAAUGUGUCCCUGCUUUCCUGAAAUCCCAUGUAGUGAGAUAAAUAAAGUACAGACAAGCCCGAGGCCACUGCAUGACAGAACCUCUCAGUCCGUGUGAUGAACGGGCCAAAAUAAACCAGAACAAAGAGA